AUGCUGCUGCUUGCAGAGCACCCUGAGAUGCAGGGGACGGUGACAGGGUGUACACUGUACCCAGCAACUCUGAAAGUGUCCGAAAAAAGAAAGAGGCAGACUGAAAUAGAAGGCAAGCGGCAACAGCUUGACGAGCAGAUCCUUCUGCUGCAGCAUUGCAAGUCCAAAUUGCUUCGAGAAAAAUGGCUGCUUCAGGGCAUACCUGCGGGUACUGCCGAAGAGGAGGAAGCCAGGAGGAGGCAGUCUGAGGAGGAGGAAUUCAGAGUCAAACAACUUGAAGAUAACAUCCAGAGGCUGGAGCAGGAAAUACAAGCUCUAGAAAGUGAAGAGUCCCAGAUAUCUGCCAAAGAGCAAAUCAUCCUAGAGAAACUAAAGGAGACAGAAAAAUCCUUCAAGGACUUUCAGAAGAGUUUCUCCAAUACGGAUGGAGAUGCAGUAAAUUACAUUUGCUCCCAGCUCCCCGACCUGCCAAUCCUCUGUUCACGAACAGCAGAACCACCAUCAUCUGGGCAGGACGGGACCAGCAAAGUGGCUGCUGUGUACGCCAUGGAAAUUAAUGUGGAGAAAGACAAACAAACAGGAGAGACCAAGAUUCUCUCUGCAUCCACCAUUGGCCCAGAGGGGGUCCAUCAGAGAGGAGUCAAAGUUUAUGAUGACGGUACCAAAGUAGUCUAUGAGGUGCACUCAGGAGGCACCAUAGUAGAAAACGGAGUACACAAGUUAAGCACGAAGGAUGUAGAAGAGCUUAUUGAGAAGGCUGGACAAUCAAGCUUAAGAGGAGGGCAUGUGUCACAAAGGACUGUGAUCGCAGAUGGGAAUCUCAGUUAUCCUAAGGAACACAUGCUUUGCAAAGAAGCCAAGUUAGAAAUGGUACAUAAGUCUCGAAAAGAUCGUCCUUCUGGGAACCCAGGGCAACAAGCCCAUGCCCCCAGUGCAGAAGGGCUGAAGACAAACUCGGAUCAGCCAGUCACCAUGAUCUUUAUGGGCUACCAAAAUAUUGAGGAUGAAGAGGAGACCAAAAAGGUGCUAGGCUAUGAUGAAACCAUCAAGGCUGAAUUGGUCCUAAUUGAUGAAGAUGAUGAGAAGUCAUUGAGGGAGAAGACAGUGACAGACGUGUCCACAAUUGAUGGGAAUGCAGCUGAGCUUGUGUCCGGGAGGCCGGUGUCAGACACCACAGAGCCCUCAUCCCCAGAAGGGAAGGAAGAGAGCCUGGCCACAGAGCCAGCCCCAGGUACCCAAAAGAAAAAGCGCUGUCAAUGCUGUGUUGUCAUGUGACCACUCUUUCUUCCCUUUUCUUCUGGGCAGCCUCUGUGCUCUCUACC